AUGUCCACUGACGACCUUGUCCAGAUGUUCCCCGCUCGCGCCCGCAGAAGGUUCAAGAGGGGUCUCAAGAGGAAGCCCAUGGCGCUCGUCAAGAAGCUGCGCAAGGCGAAAAAGGAUGCUCCUGCUGGUGAGAAGCCUGAGCCAGUGAGGACACAUCUCCGCAACAUGAUCAUUGUCCCUGAGAUGAUUGGCAGCCUUAUCGGUGUCUACAAUGGCAAGACCUUCAACCAGGUUGAGAUUAAGCCUGAGAUGAUUGGCCAUUACCUUGCAGAGUUCUCUAUCUCCUACAAGCCAGUGAAGCACGGUAGGCCCGGUAUCGGUGCCACACACUCUUCCCGGUUCAUCCCUCUUAAAUGA